UUUAGGUAUUUCAGAUUACCAUACAUUGUUUGAUGAUAUUAUCAAUAUAGGGACGAUACGAUUAUCGACGGAGAAACAAUUAUGUCCUGUUCAGCUAUUUUUAUUUUGGAUUUGAAAGGAAAUGUAACUUUUUUUCCACAUAACUUUGUCAGAGUCACUGAAUACGAAAGUAUUUGGAAUGGUACGGUAGAAUUAAUGAAUUUCCAGAUUUUUAUUCGAACUUAUAAUAAUAUGUGGGAGAUAACAGCGUCUUCUUUUAUACUUAUGAAGAAAAAUUGCUUCAUGUAGGUGAUAAUGUCACGGAAUUAUCGAGGGGACGUGGAAAUGUCCGUAAUUGAUUCCUUCAUGCCCCUGCUGAUGGAGAAAGAGGAUGAGGGUCUUUUAGCCCCAGUGUUGCAGAAGCAUGAUAUCAGUUAUAUUUACGUCAAGCAUCUUAACGUAUUUCUUGUUUCAAUAUCAAAGAAAAAUGCUAAUGUCUCAAUGAUGUUCGCUUUCCUGUAUAAAUGUAUUGAAGUAUUCAGUGAAUAUUUCAAGGAUUUUGAAGAGGAAUCAGUACGAGAUAAUUUUGUCGUUUUCUAUGAACUUUUGGAUGAGAUGAUGGAUUUCGGUUAUCCUCAAACAACGGAGAGCCGCAUUUUGCAAGAGUACAUCACACAAGAACGAUAUAUGCUCGAUGUUGCCCCGAGACCCCCAAUGGCAGUAACAAAUGCAGUCUCUUGGCGCUCGGAUGGUUUGAAAUAUCGUAAAAAUGAAGUUUUUCUUGAUGUCAUCGAAUCAGUAAAUAUGUUGGUCAAUGCUUCUGGUUCCGUAUUGCGAAGUGAAAUCGUUGGGACGAUUAAGAUGCGGGUACUGCUCUCCGGAAUGCCUGAAUUACGUCUUGGGCUUAACGACAAAGUUCUCUUCCAAGCAUUCUCAAGAGGACGAGGUAAAGCUGUAGAGUUAGAAGAUGUGAAAUUCCAUCAGUGUGUACGACUUUCUCGAUUUGAAAAUGACCGUACCAUAAGUUUCGUACCACCGGAUGGGGAGUUUGAACUAAUGAGUUAUCGUUUAACAACAACUGUAAAGCCGUUGAUUUGGGUGGAAUCUUGCAUGGAGAAGCAUGCUCAUUCUAGAGUUGAAUAUAUGGUUAAGGCAAAAUCUCAGUUCAAAUAUCAAUCUAUUGCAAAUCAUGUGGAGAUCAUUAUACCUGUCCCGAGUGAUGCAGAUUCGCCUAAAUUUAAAACUUCUGUUGGUUCAGUAAAAUAUGUCCCUGAGCUUAGUGCGUUUGUUUGGAUGAUCCGGAGUUUCCCCGGUGGCCGUGAAUAUCUAAUGCGUGCGCACUUUUGUUUGCCCUCGAUUGUAGGUGAUGAGACGGAGAGAAAACCACCAAUUUCAGUGAAGUUUGAGAUUCCGUACUUUACAACGAGUGGCCUUCAGGUGGGUUUCUGGUAUUUCCGCCAAAAUUGCUGCGAUUAUUUUAAUUUUAGUUCAUUUUUCACUUCAUGUUCUACGACAACUAUGUAGGUUCGUUACUUGAAAAUUAUCGAAAAGAGUGGAUAUCAAGCGUUGCCAUGGGUUCGUUACGUCACACAAAAUGGUGAUUAUCAAUUGCGAAUGCAAUGAUUUAUGGAGAUGUGUUAGUUUUGCAAACAGUAUUUUGGGUAAUAAUUAUCACUUUUUUUUAAAGAUGUCUUUGUUCCUCUCAUGUUUUGUGAUAUUUUUUCUUUAUUCAAGAAUUUCAUUUUCUUUCUUAACUGUGAUCCUUCAUCUUUUUACAUGAUUUGGCAUUCAUUUCACUUCUUCGUCAGUUUGGUAACUGUCAGAUAUAUGCCUUUAAAGUAAUACAAUAACAAACCUUUGUUUUGGCAGUUUUUUUAUAAUCCGACAAAAGUUUUCUCUUGUUAAGUAAAAGGCUUUGUUUUAUAUGUUUUUGUCCAUGUUGAUUUCUCUUCUUUUCUGUUUUAACCUUUUUAUUUUUUCUUUUUUUACCCUGUAGUAUUGGUUCCAUUUGGACGAGGUUUUUGUUGUUCAAAUCACUUUAUUAUUGAAAAUCUGUGAUAUAUUCUGCCUUGUUUUUAUAUAUCAUGGUAUUACCUUUUUGGUUGGUUGUCUGUUGUUCGUACAAUUAUCGAGCAAUUUGUAUUGGAUAAUGUGUUCGAAACUUUGAAAAAAA